AUGAUAAAUUCACAUGUAAUAUUACCCCGCGAAGAGCCAAUAAAUAGAGAGCUCGAUCCGACAAAUUAUUUUGAAUCGGGACAGCGAAUUAAUAUAACCCGAAGAUCUGUGGCUGUCAAAGAUAGAAAAUUCCUAUGGGAUGACGGUAUUAUUCCGUAUGAAAUCCGAGACAUAUUCAAUGGAACAGAACGCAAAUUAUUGAAGCGAGCAAUGAGACACUGGGAACAAUCCACUUGUAUAAAAUUCGUUAGAAGAAUCAGAAGAGUUCAUGAUUCUUAUUUACUGUUCACUAAAAUGAGCUGCGGAUGCUGUGCAGUGGUCGGCAAACGCGGCAAAGGAGGCAUUCCAAUCAGUAUUGAUGAUGGAUGUGCUAAAUUUGGAACGGUUAUUCACGAACUGGGCCAUGCGAUAGGUUUCUAUCAUGAGCAUAAUCGUCCAGACCGUGAUGAUUAUGUGGAAAUAAAUUAUGGUAUCAUUGACAAAGGUAGCGAAUACAAUUAUAAAAAAGUAUCAGCGAGGAAUGUAGAUACUUUAAACCAGUCUUAUGAUUAUUUUUCGAUAAUGCAUUAUCCAUCACUAGCAAUAGUAAACAAUGCUAAUAUCAAGACCAUUAUACCCAAAAUAAAAAUCGACGGCCGAAUACCGCAUAUAGGUCAGAGAAUCGCCCUAAGUACCGGUGACAUUACUGCUGCAAAGACGCUAUACAAUUGUUCUGCACAUGGUGGAUCAUUUUUUGAGCCUUGCGAUAUGAUUAUCCCGCCAAUACAUCCAGAUAAGUCACCAAAAGAUUCCGAUAAAUGCAAAUGGACAAUCAGAGCUGCUGAAGGUGAACGAAUAAAGGUCACACUAACAUCAUGGGAUAUUAAAGAGACUCCCAAUUGUACAGCGGAGUAUGUGGAAAUAAAAAAUGGCUACCAGGCAAAUAGUCCUGUCUUAGCUCGCAUAUGUGGUGAAGAUAAAACAGUUAUUCGAACGGCACGUAAUUUUGUAUCAGUAACAUAUGCUAGGAAUCAUUAUGAAAAUUAUCACCUGGGAUUUAUAUUGAAAUACGAGACUAUUUGCGGCGGCGAUAUUAAUUUAAGAAGUAAUGAUACUUAUUACUUAGAGUCACCAAAUUAUCCAGAGUUAUACAAACCGUAUAAACAGUGCCAUUGGAAUAUAAAAGCUCCUUACAAGCAUUAUAUACUAAUUAAAUUUAAUUACUUUGAACUUGAAGAAAGUACUGGUUGUAAAAAUGAUUUUGUAAAAGUACGAGAGGGUGGAAAUAAAAAUGCGCCAAUUAUUGGAACGUACUGCGGUGAAAAUGACAACUUGGAAGUAGCUUCUCUGAUGAGAAGAAUUUUUCUAACGUUUGUUUCCAAUGGAUGGAAAGAAGCGGGAGGUUUUUCUGCCACUAUUUCUGCGAUACCCAUUAAUAAUAAUAAUAAUAAUAAUGAUUCAACUUCUUAA